AGGGCCCAGGUCAGAGGUCAAGACUGGCCUCCAUGCUGGAUUCUGACACAGACGGUGAAGGGGACAUAGGAGGGACCAUCAGCCCCUCCGUGGCCUUGGCUAUCGCCGGAGGCCCCCUGGCCCCCGGCUCCCGCGCCAGCCUCUCGCAGGGGCCGUCACCUGCGUCCCGGGGGGGCUGUCCCCUUUCGGCCGAGUCCAGCCGGACGCUGCUGGCCUGCGUCCUGUGGGUGCUGAAGAGCUCCGAGCCCGCCCUGCUGCACCGCUGGGCCGCCGACCUCGGCCUGCCACAGCUCGGCCGCUUCCUGGACCUGCUCUACCUCUGCCUGGCUGCCUUCGAGUACAAG